CAGGACGUGCUAGGGGGAUUCUGUUAGGUCGGCCGGGGAAGGUUAGACGCAGUGAGGCCCCGCCCCUCUGGAACGCCGGAAGCGAAUCAGGUGACUGCGGUGGUGGCUGGUUCCCGAGACCGAAGCAGGCGGCAGUUCCGCGCGAGUUGGAAGGGCUUCCAAAGCCCAACAUAUAAAGCUGGUAAAAGCAGAGCAGAUCUGGUCAGGUCCUGAGACGCUGAGUCCAGAGCGAUGUUGCUGAAGACAGUGCUCUUGCUGGCCUUGGUGGCCCAGGUGCUGGUUCUGGAGAAUGGGCUCCUGCGGAAGCCACCCAUGGGCUGGCUGGCCUGGGAACGCUUCCGCUGCAACACUGACUGUAACGAGGACCCAAAGAACUGCAUCAGUGAGUGGCUCUUCAUCGAGAUGGCUGACCGGCUGGCACAGGAUGGAUGGCGGGACCUGGGCUACGUAUACCUUAACAUCGAUGACUGCUGGAUUGGUGGACGUGAUGCCGAAGGCAACCUGGUGCCUGAUCCUAAGCGCUUCCCCAACGGCAUGGCCUUCCUGGCUGACUAUGCUCAUUCCCUGGGCCUGAAGCUGGGCAUCUACGAGGACAUGGGCAACUUCACCUGCAUGGGUUACCCAGGCACCACGCUAGACAAGGUGGUCCAGGAUGCUCAAACCUUCGCCAAGUGGAAGGUGGACAUGCUGAAGCUGGAUGGCUGCUUCUCAACUCCCGAGGAACGGGCCGAGGGGUACCCCAAGAUGGCUGCUGCCCUGAAUGCCACAGGCCGCCCCAUCGCCUUCUCCUGCAGUUGGCCAGCCUACGAAGGGGGCCUCCCCCCAAAGGUGAACUACACUCUGCUGGCGGACAUCUGCAACCUCUGGCGCAACUAUGACGACAUCCAGGACUCCUGGAGGAGCGUGCUCUCCAUCCUGGACUGGUUUGUGACCCACCAGGACAUUCUGCAGCCGGUGGCAGGCCCUGGGCACUGGAACGACCCAGACAUGUUGCUCAUUGGGAACUUCGGCCUCAGCUUCGAGCAAGCCCGGGCCCAGAUGGCCCUGUGGACGGUGCUGGCGGCCCCUCUCUUCAUGUCCACGGACCUGCGUACCAUCUCCGCCCAGAACAUGGACAUUCUGCAGAAUCCACUCAUGAUCAAAAUCAACCAGGAUCCCUUAGGCAUCCAAGGACGCAGGAUUCUCAAGGUACUGGGGGUGUGGGAGCAAGGAAGGGAGACUGAGAGACUGGGCUCCCCUGGAAACAAGUCUGCAGGCCAGAGGUUCAGGGGUCCGGACUGGGCCUCUGAAAUCCGCUCAGUCCCCCCUAGUUGCAUUCAGUCAAAGUCUCUACUGGGAGCUGCUUCGACUGUCCCUCACUUGCCUGGGUAAGAGCAGGGCCAGAGCAGGACAGCUCGUGGGAUUGGGGGAAGGGAGACAUCACCACCGGUGCACACGGGAUCAGUGUGGCCCCUCGGUUUGGAACUACAAGACUUCUGCACAAGUCUGUGAUGGCUAGCAGAGAACUAGGGCUUGCCUUCAGAGUUUAGGAGUUGUUUGAGCCAUGGAGUAGCCAACUAUUGCUAGUACUACUGUAUACUAGUUGUUGAGCACCUACUGUGUGCUAGACAUUCUAGAUACAUUUUCUCAGAAGGUCGAUGCUCCUUCCCUGUUUUACAAAUGAGGAAACUUAGACUUGAAGAGUCUCAGUAACUUCAUACCGAGGCCACACAAUUGGUAAGUGGUGCAACAGGACUAGAUGCCAAUAGUGUCACCUCAAAGCUUGUGCUCGUUGCCCAGAUCCUUGCCUCUCUAGUAGAAGGAAAUCUACACCAAUAUAGAAGGCACCUGCUGAACUGGUGAUGCCCAGAGGCGACAACUAAUCCUGCCAGAGGGGCUGAUGGUGGAGCCAGGCCCAGGGGCCUUCUGGAGGCCGUGGCUGCACCCUCCUGGCUGCUCAGGGCAGAGCUCAUCGUUCUAACUGGACGGUGCCCUCCAGUCCAGUGCCAGGGGCUGUCCACGUCUGUCUCUCCCGUUAUCCUGUAAGCUCUCUGAGGCAGGACUUCGUGCAGCAUUUAUCCGUGUCCUGGCCUGGGGCCUGGCACAGAGUGAGUGUCGGGGAGCGUCUGCUGAGUCAGGGAAGGAAGAAAGCAGGUGGAGUUAGACGAGUUGGGUGCUGGA